CAGCUUGGUAUUGUCGCUCACGAGAUCGGACACGCCAUCGGGUUCCAUCACGAACAAUCUCGACCAGACAGAGACGAUUACAUCAAUGUCCACUUUGAAAACAUCCUAUCCGGCUUUGAAGGCAACUUCGAAAAGUAUGACUGGAAUUCUGUGACGACACGCAACGUCGAGUACGACAUCGGCUCCGUCAUGCACUAUGGAUCACAUGGAUUCUCAAGCAAUGGUCAACCAACCAUCACCACCAUCGAUCCUCUUCAGAUGCAUCUCCUUGGUAACCGAGCUGGUCUUAGUAACGCCGACAUCAUCCUAGCCAACCUCAUCUACGGGUGCGACAAUCAAUGUUCGGGCUCUGAGCAAUGUCAGAACGGAGGAUACCAUGAUACUAACUGCAUCUGUGUAUGUCCUCCAGGUUACAGCGGUGACUUGUGUCAGGAUGGAAGUGAACCUACCACUACACCACCAUGUUACCAAAGAUUGACUGACACACAGGGAGAGAUUACGUCACCAAACUACCCCAGUAACUAUGACAACAACCAGGAAUGCAUGUACCUUAUUGAGGGAGUUGCAGGAAGUACGAUUGAACUGACAUUCGUCGAUAUGGACAUCGAAAACGAGAACCUCUGUCGCUACGACUCCGUCGAGGUCCGCAAAGACGAUAUCAACGCCAUCGGAGAGAAGUUCUGUGGUAGCACCUUACCUCCUGUCCAGAUCUCUAGCAGCAACCAGAUGUUGGUUUCUUUCACAUCUGAUUACAGCAUCACUGGGCGUGGUUUCAAAGCUACCUACGUCAUCCAGGGUGUUCCUACGACUGAGGCACCAACUACCACCCCUGAAACAACUACCAAUCCUCCUGUCGUCGGAACAUGUGGAGGAAGCUUUAAUGACAACCGAGGUUCAUUGGCAUCACCAAAUUAUCCUACUGAUUACGAUAAUAACCUACGGUGUGUCUACGUGAUCGAAGUGGAGGCCGGUCGUAGGGUUGAGCUGACAUUUGCAGACUUCUCGCUGGAGAAUCAGAGUACCUGCCGAUGGGACGAACUGGAGAUCGAUCUCGGAGAUGGUGUCAAAGUUCCUAUGAAGAUGUGUGGUUCUGAGUAUCCAGCCGCUUCUUUGGUGUCAAUCGGUAACAGGAUGGAACUAACCCUGAAGACAGAUGGGUCUGUUACUAGUCGCGGCUUCAGAGCAGACUAUCGUGCAAUAGAUUUGUAAAAUCUCGUCUCAAUUGCUUGAAAUAUCGCGGUAAAAUAUUUUAUGAAAAACAUUUAUGUCCAUACUACAUAACCAUCUCGACAGUUCAGUCUGCAUUUUUAUUUCGACAAUGAAACGAAAAUGUGUCGUGGGGCCCGUAACACAAAGCUUAGCAUUCAUCGUACGAUUAAUCACAUUGACUACAAUGUACAAUCAAUCGUAA